AUGCAAACACAAACACAGACGCAGAGAGUGAGAGCAAAAGAGACAAAAAAAUUAAUCUACACAGGAUGCAGUGCAGCCGCAGUGGUGGCAGUGAUAGCAUAUGUUAUAUGCACAGUGUACUUCAAGUUCUUUAUGGUAGACGAGAAGACCAUGGGAACCCUUUUCUACUCAUGGAGAGUGGAGGGAGCAGACGAGUCUGCUCUAAAGGAGAAAAUGGACAAGUUCAACGUAGUGAAGGGACAGGAAGAUAUGAAGGAGCUUAUGGAGUCAUACAUAAAAGACUCAUAUCCAAUCCAUCUGCCACGGUUCAUUGCAAAUCAUCUUACAUUUGCAUACCCAAACAUAGAUCUAUUCCUUGGGUUCAGAAAGAGCAUUGUAAGUGCAGAGGCAAAGGCAAACGAGACAAAGUUCAGCAAGGACGUUAUUGGAAAGUACAACAAGAUUGUUAACCAAGUUAUGUUCUACAACCCAGAUAACUGGGAGGGAACAGACCUGCUUAAGAAGACCUUUGAGAAACACUUCAAUGGACUAAAGACCGAUGAACAGAGGGAACUUAUGAGAAGUGUCACUAUAAAGAUGAUUGAUUUUGUUGAGAACAUGUUCAGUAACAGCAGUUUUGCAUACGAUGGUGUGAACCCCUCAGAGAAGGCAGUUGAUGGACUUGCAGACAUAAUCUACACAAUAAUUAAGAGUGGACACGUUGGUGAUGACAAGUUCAACCAGUAUCUAGAUGAUAAUGAGGACUUAGACAGAUUCCUUAAGAAGAACAGCCUUUACGAGAUUGAGGAUAAGAAGGAGUUCAGCAGAAUCCUCUCUGAGAAAUUCUUUACACAGGCCACCAGCGGAGUACUCUACCCAUACUUCUCAUACGGAUACUCAACCAUGCUAAACACUAUUGUCUACCUGUGCCUUGACUUAAACGAUCUGGAGUACAACUCUUCUUUCGACCUGGAGGUAGAUGAGAACAUUAAGCCUUUGGCUGAAAUCCAGCAGAAGGGAUCCUCCAAGAUCUCAGCAAUUGGAUCUGCAGUUGCCUACGGAAUGGCAAAGAACCUCUCACCAACCGAGGAAGUUGGCACAGACACAGUUAAGAGCCAGAGAAACCCAAUUGUGUUCACACUGUUCACAUCAAAGCUUGCAAACUCUGCUGAAAAUGACGAGGAGAACUUGGCCAAAAUCUUAAAGCAUAUUAAGAGCAAGAAGGAUCUUAUUAAAGGUCUUUAA